AUGACGCUCAGAAAGAGCCUGUUCCAGCAUUUGACGUUCGUAGUGGUAGCAAAGAGCGAAUCAGAAACCUGGGUUCGCCGUGCUGUGGAGACCUUGCGCGAGAAUCAAGCACACGAAUGCAUUGUACAUGUUGAAAGCGGAAUUGCAAAGUUGCCGCUACCAGAGGCCAAAAGAAAGCUGUUACAGACGUUCGGCCACGAUGUGCACUGCAUUAUUGCCCAAAAUUCGGAUUUUUGGUUUUACGAAACUGCUGCUUUUGAUCUUCUCAUCCCCGUGGUGAAACCGGAGUGGGUCCAUGCGUGUGCGACCACGGGCCGAAUCACACGUGCAAGUUGCUUCUCACCAGAUCCACGCCACGUUCUCAAGAAUUGCCAGAUAUACCUGUCAAGACACGCCUUUAAAGCUGCUGAAUACGCUUUCUACAGCGGAAUGAUCACGUCGUUGGGAGGCGCUUGCAUCGAUUAUCUUUCGAGCAAAACUACCCACAUCGUUACCAUAGACGUCCGGGACCCGGCCAUAUUGGCCGUUGCCCCGAUUACGCAACUCAACAUCAAAUAUGUCUUGCCAACUUGGAUCAUGGAAUCAUUCCAGUCGGAGACGGAACCCAGCGAAGAAAAACAUCUUCUCAAUACGUCGGCCACGCAGCUAGAGUGCAGUCGCAAGUUUCACGAUCUUUUACAAGAGCUCGACACUGCCGAUGUCCGUGUUACAGCAGGUGAGCGACCUCCAUAUCUUGCAUCCUAUACUUUCUACCUUUCGCUAGAUCUCGCGCUACCUGCAAGUUGCUACACUUUCCUAAUUAAUACCAUCAAGACGGCUGGAGGUGACGUUCAAAGACACUCAGCUGCCGGUGACCUUUCACGUAGCGAUGGAGAUUGUCUGCUCAUCCAAAAUUCUACAUGUUCAGAGUAUCAGACGGGGCGACGCGAGAAGUUACAAAUGGGCAACUUCAAUUGGUUCUUUGCCAUGUGGUCAACGCAGUGUUACAUAGCAGCAGACGCUAAAUUGCUGUUCCAACCGCAGGGUGCGCCUGUAUUCAACAAUGACGAGCUUGUGCUUGCAUAUACCAAUUUCCUGGGCCAACAGAGAAAUUACAUCCAAAAACUAGUUUCCGCUCUUGGAGGCAUCAGUACCACUGAGUUUACUAGGAAAAACACACACCUGGUGACGGGACUGCGCUGUGGCCAGAAAUACGAUGCCGCUCUCAGGUGGAAAGACACUUGCGUCGUUGUCAAUCAUGUAUGGCUCGAGGACUGUCUAAAACAAGGUCAGAAACUCGACCCAAAUCUACCGACAUACCAGCAAAUACCGGCAUUUAAUCUUCUUUCAAAACGCUUGGGCCAAAGUUCUGCUAGGGACAAUUUUGAGAUCAGCUCCAGCGUUGAUGAAGAUAUGGCUGAAACUGUUGUCACCCAAAAUGCCAAUACCAACUCUGAACAGGUCCCUCCUGCUAACGAGGUUGACGAAGACAUUGAAAUGUAUAGUAAUUUUUUCGGUGAGCCUUCGGAGCUCGAGGACGACGAUCGCGAUCAAUUGUCGCCUACUCUAUCUCCCGUGGUAAGUUCGCCGACUAAGAUUCCAGAGUUCAGCGAUGAGCCAUUGGAGAAGAAAGAACUUUCCAUGCGGCAACCAUCGGAUCUUGAAACGGGACGAACGCUAAUUGGCAUAGCUGAAAUGAAAAUGGAAUUGACUACACCGGCCGUGGAAGCAUCCGCGCCCGAAGCAGCGCCCGAGGCGGAAAAUACGGCGCCAUUGUCUCCCGAGACACAGGUACAUGAAUUACAAGCAAGCGCGGGCCACCUGGUACAAGCGACUCCAUCACCGCUGCCUCCAGGCUCCUCUCAGUUGAUGUCCAGUAGCAGUUCGCGAAGGGCGAAGGAAAAGGCAACGUUAAAGCUACAUACGGACAUGGAAGCUUUGAACGAGUUUGAAAAGAAUCUUCGCAAGAAGCGAACCGCCAAUCUUUUGCCAGAGGAAGUACGGAAACUCAAGAAACUGAAAGAAGUCGAAGACAAGGUUAAGGAAUUACUUGAAAACUUGAGUCCCGAAACGACAUCCAAAGUCCGGCAUAAACGACUUUAUAACAUGCGCGCUGUGUGCACCGGAUGUUGUGACCAAUUGGACGACCUUGAUCUCGCCAUCCUGACCAAACUAGGUGUCGAAAUAUCCACGGAACCAGCUGCAAAUUCCAAUACCAUAAUUGCACCUAAAAAGAUGAGAACCGCGAAAUUUCUUAUAAGCUUAAGUUUUCAUCCUCUGACCUACGCGCUCUUGCCAAACUUCAUCACCGAUCUCCUAGAGGUGGUUCGUGGCCAUUCUACCAAGAGUAUAUCGCUUCCCAUCGAACAAUACUUUAUCCCAGACAUAGACCCAGACGUUCUGUCAAAGACCCAUCUACAAUCCAAACUCUUUGGCAGAGCAGGAAUCACUACUAUAAACCUAACGUCCGAUAUACCAGGUGGUCAAGACGUGAUUUCUUCCAUCUUAACGGCUCAUGGUGCUAAAACUAUCAAUGUACUACCGGCGAAAUUCCAAUCUACCGACAUAAAGCCCAACGAAACCAGAAAAGACGCUCCAACCUACUUUUUGAUCGCUUCAAAGGCUUCGCAAGCCAAGAAAUUUGCGAAGUCAUGCCGUGACUUAAACGAAUCUGGUUCUGUUCUCGUUGUUGAAUGGAACUGGUGUGUUGAGUCCAUUUUCAGUCUAAAAGCCGAUACAAAGCGCUCUAAAUACAUCGUUCACCAAUCCUGA